AUGCACCCGACUCGCCCCUUCCUCUCCAUUGCUCUACCUUCCUCACCUCCAGCUCAACUCGCAACUAGGAGCUCCGUUACCCCCCUGAACCGCCGCCUCUUCGGCCUCCCUACACCCCCCGCACCACUUACCUCCCUACACAACGACCUUCCCUCGUUUCUCGACUAUGCGAGGCGUACGAGUCUCCCUGAGAAGACAACAACUUAUCAAGGCACGAUCUACGAGUAUACUGUGCAAUCGCACCUCCGCGCCUCCGCCUUCAGUCUACACCGUGUGGGCGGGAAAUCAGACCUGGGUAUCGACCUUACCGGGACAUGGCACGUUGGCGCGAACCCGGUAAUCGACCCGCCCGUGCGCGUGAUCGUGCAAUGUAAGGCGACAAAGGCGAAACUCGGGCCGCAUGUUGUCCGAGAACUUGAGGGCGUUACGGCGAGGCAUUUUGCGGUUUCGCUGGCGAGGGGGUCGGGUGGCGGUGUUGGGAUGCUGGUUGGCCCAAGAGAAACGAGUAAGGGGGUCCGAGAGGCGCUGGGGAGGAGUGCGAUGCCGCUUGUUUGGAUGAUGGUUGAACGAGAUGGGAGGGUGAGGCAGGUGCUGUGGAAUGGGAGGGUAGAGAAGCUGGGGCUUGGUGGGUUGGGGGUUGAGGUUCUAUACUCCAAGUCUGGAGAAGGAGAGGCAGAAGCGGAGGUCUCCACGGAGGCUAGGUUGACGUGGGAGGGCAAGGAGGUACAGACUAUGGAUGAGGUUGAGGAGGGCAUGAAGCGGCUGGAAGAAGAGUGGAUGACGAAGUGGAAGGAGGACGGACUGGAAGAUGUGUCCGCGGAGGAGGUAUUGGACGCGGUGGAGAAGUUUGUGCCGGAGACGAGGCCGAUAUCAAUUUCGGAUGAGGAGAGGAAAGAGGUGGCUAGGAGCUUGUUGCUAACUCGCUCUGGCCGUGUGCAGUAG